AUGUUUGGUUCGCCAUUUACAAACAAUCCGACUCAAAAGACCUCGACGCCUGCGGUGUUUAAGGAUAAUGCGAGAAACGCUAUAUAUAAACAGUUACCGGUUGUGACGUCCAACACUGCAUCAUCAAUACGUUCAGCGCCGCUGCAGUUUCUCAAUAACCGGCACCAUGUUCUGCUGCAUAGGUCCAUGUCAUCGUCGUCAUCAAUAUUUUCAUCCAUUACUGGGGGCAAGCGCUCGGUGAGAUCGGCCCCGUCUAUUUAUUCAAGUUCUACAGCCACGAUACCAGAGGAUCUGGAACCUGUUUCUACGACGGUGGAGCAGUUGGUCAAUGAUAUUGUAUUGCAUGAAAAUCAUUAUAGGACAGUUGCAUUAGAGAAAGGUAAUCAAAAUAUCGAUGUUGAGGAGAUGUACAAGAUAUCGCUUGGGUCAGACUUGCAGUACCAGAAUGUCCCUGAAUCCUUGAUAGAUUGGAACUUGAAUGUCACUAGAUGCAAGUUGAUAUUGACGCAGUUACCGCAGAUCACAUCUACGGAUAUACCAUAUAAUCAGAAUGCAUUGCCGCAGUUGGUAGGCGACUUGGCAGGGAUAUGUCACAUUAUACUCAUACAACCGCAUAUUUCCGACAAGGAGCUUAUCUAUACGUUACUUUCAUCCAAUCUAUACAAAGAGCAUGACUUGGACGUGAAUUUUAAAAAAUCCGUUGCUGAAAUUUCUGUGAAACAAAGCCGGUUGUUACAAAUCAAUAAUGGUGCAGGUCCAUCGUCAAUAACCCCGGAACAUUCAUUUUUAAAAUUCAAAUUUAAAGAGAUUGCUAUUCGAAACUAUUUAAUCAAUCUCGCUGCUGCGGCCACCACCGCACACGAGUACAAGUUAAAAAUGGAGCAUUUGAAAGCCGUUUUGAAAAUGGAGCAGCAGCCCGGUAAGAAAGUCAAGUUGUCCAAAGAGGACAAAAAAGUAUUGUGGGAGCAGGUACGACUGGAUGUAUUUCUGCGAGCUGGUUUGUAG